AUUUACUCAGUUUCCUCUAUUGUAGAAUGGAGCUGGUAAGACCCAUCUUCCCAACCCCACCCCAAAUGUUUGUGUUGAGAGUAAGUGGAACCCUUGAUUCGAGAACCUAGUGCGGCCAGCGGACUAGGCCAGCGGAGAACCCUAGGAGCCCCGGGGGCGGGGGAUGGGGGUGCGGGGUCCUGGCCGUGCAGGGGCUGCACGUGGGUGCCAAGCCCGCCCGCCGGUGCCAAGCCCGCCCGCCAGUGCCUCUCGCGCGCACUCUGGAUCCAGCGCCAAUUUACCCCAAUCCCGUAGCAGACGAGGGCUUGUGCGAGAGGGGGCCGGGCGGCUGCAGGGAAGGCGGAGUCCAAGGGGAAAACGAAACUGAGAGCCAGCUCUCCCGAAGCCGCGGGUCUCCGGCCGGCGGCGGCGGCGGCGGCGGCGCAGGUUUGCUUCUCUGGCGGUCUUCAGAAUCAACAUCCACACUUCCGUGAUUAUCUGCGUGCAUUUUGGACAAAGCUUCCAACCAGGAUACGGGAAGAAGAAAUGGCUGGUGAUCUUUCAGCAGGUUUCUUCAUGGAGGAACUUAAUACAUACCGUCAGAAGCAGGGAGUAGUACUUAAAUAUCAAGAACUGCCUAAUUCAGGACCUCCACAUGAUAGGAGGUUUACAUUUCGAGUUAUAAUAGAUGAAAGAGAAUUUCCAGAAGGUGAAGGUAGAUCAAAGAAGGAAGCAAAAAAUGCCGCAGCCAAAUUAGCUGUUGAGAUACUUAAUAAGGAAAAGAAGGCAGUUAGUCCUUUAUUAUUGACAACAACGAAUUCUUCAGAAGGAUUAUCCAUGGGGAAUUACAUAGGCCUUAUCAAUAGAAUUGCCCAGAAGAAAAGACUAACUGUAAAUUAUGAACAGUGUGCAUCGGGGGUGCAUGGGCCAGAAGGAUUUCAUUAUAAAUGCAAAAUGGGACAGAAAGAAUAUAGUAUUGGUACAGGUUCUACUAAACAGGAAGCAAAACAAUUGGCCGCUAAACUUGCAUAUCUUCAGAUAGUAUCAGAAGAAACCUCAGUGAAAUCUGACUACCUGUCCUCUGGUUCUUUUGCUACUACGUGUGACUCCCAAAGCAACUCUUUAGUGACCAGCACACUCGCUUCUGAAUCAUCAUCUGAAGGUGACUUCUCAGCAGAUACAUCAGAGAUAAAUUCUAACAGUGACAGUUUAAACAGUUCUUCGUUGCUUAUGAAUGGUCUCAGAAAUAAUCAAAGGAAGGCAAAAAGAUCUUUGGCACCCAGAUUUGACCUUCCUGACAUGAAAGAAACAAAGUAUACUGUGGACAAGAGGUUUGGCAUGGAUUUUAAAGAAAUAGAAUUAAUUGGCUCAGGUGGAUUUGGCCAAGUUUUCAAAGCAAAACACAGAAUUGACGGAAAGACUUACGUUAUUAAACGUGUUAAAUAUAAUAACGAGAAGGCGGAGCGUGAAGUAAAAGCAUUGGCAAAACUUGAUCAUGUAAAUAUUGUUCACUACAAUGGCUGUUGGGAUGGAGUUGAUUAUGAUCCUGAGACCAGUGAUGAUUAUCUUGAGAGCAGUGAUUAUGAUCCUGAGAACAGCAAAAAUAGUUCAAGGUCAAAGACUAAGUGCCUUUUCAUCCAAAUGGAAUUCUGUGAUAAAGGGACAUUGGAGCAAUGGAUUGAAAAUAGAAGAGGCGAGAAACUAGACAAAGUUUUGGCUUUGGAACUCUUUGAACAAAUAACAAAAGGGGUGGAUUAUAUACAUUCAAAAAAAUUAAUUCAUAGAGAUCUUAAGCCAAGUAAUAUAUUCUUAGUAGAUACAAAACAAGUAAAGAUUGGAGACUUUGGACUUGUAACAUCUCUGAAAAAUGAUGGAAAGCGAACAAGGAGUAAGGGAACUUUGCGAUACAUGAGCCCAGAACAGAUUUCUUCGCAAGACUAUGGAAAGGAAGUGGACCUCUAUGCUUUGGGGCUAAUUCUUGCUGAACUUCUUCAUGUAUGUGACACUGCUUUUGAAACAUCAAAGUUUUUCACAGACCUACGGGAUGGCAUCAUCUCAGAUAUAUUUGAUAAAAAAGAAAAAACCCUUCUACAGAAAUUACUCUCAAAGAAACCUGAGGAUCGACCUAACACAUCUGAAAUACUAAGGACCUUGGCUGUGUGGAAGAAAAGCCCAGAGAAAAAUGAACGACACACAUGUUAGAGCCCUUCUGAAAAAGUAUCCUGCUUCUGAUAUGCAGUUUUCGUUAAAUUAUCUAAAAUCUGCUAGGGAAUAUCAAUAGAUAUUUACAUUUUAUUUCAAUGUUUCCUUUAAUUUUUUUACUGUUUUUACUAAUCUUUCUGCAGAAACAGAAAGGUUUUCUUCUUUUUGCUUCAAAAACAUUCUUACAUUUUACUUUUUCCUGGCUCAUCUCUUUAUUCUCUUUUUUUUUUUUAAAGACAGAGUCUCGCUCUGUUGCCCAGACUGGAGUGCAAUGACACAGUCUUGGCUCACUGCAACUUCUGCCUCUUGGGUUCAAGUGAUUCUCCUGCCUCAGCCUCCUGAGUAGCUGGAUUACAGGCAUGUGCCACCCACCCAACUAAUUUUUGUAUUUUUAAUAGAGACAGGGUUUCACCAUGUUGGCCAGGCUGGUCUCAAACUCCUGACCUCAAGUAAUCUGCCUGCCUCGGCCUCCCAAAGUGCUGGGAUUACAGGGAUGAGCCACCACACCCAGCCUCAUCUCUUUGUUCUAAAGAUGGAAAAACCGCCCCCAAAUUUUCUUUUUAUACUAUUAAUGAAUCAAUCAAUUCAUAUCUAUUUAUUAAAUUUCUACUGCUUUUAGGCCAAAAAAAUGUAAGAUCUUUCUCUGCCUCACAUAGCUUACAAGCCAGCUGGAGAAAUAUGGUACUCAUUAAAAAAAAAAAAAAAGUGAUGUACAACCACUUUGGAAAACAAUUUGACAUUAUCUAGUAAAGUUGAAUCCAUGUAUACCCACAUAGCUAUCAAUUCUAUUCCUACAUACGUGCUUACAAGAAUGUCCAUAAAACCCUGUUUAUAAUAGCCAAAAGAACAGGGAACAACCAUAAUGCCCAUCAAAA